AUGGCAAGCAUGAAACUCAACGGAGGGGUUGCCCUUGUGACUGGGGCAUCAUCCGGCAUUGGCAAAGAUGUUUGCUUUUCGCUCGCCGAAGCCGGCGUCGAGUCAAUUGUGCUCGCCGAUCUGAACCUCCCUGACGAGGCCAUUCUGAAGGAGUGUCAAAAAUUCUCCUCUCACCCUAACUUUCGUGCCAUUGCUGUCGUCGUCGAUGUCGUCGAUGAAGCCAGUGUUAACGAUAUGGUUCAACGCGCUGUUGCCGACUUUGGCCGAAUUGACUACUGCGUCCAUUCCGCGGGCAUUUCGACCAAGCGUUCACCCACCUCCGAUCUAAACGUGGAGGCGUUUGACAAGGUAAUGACAACCAACUCCCGCGGAUCGAUGAUGGUGCUGCGCGCUGUCACUCACGCCAUGGCACGCCAAGAGCCUCGUUUGUACACCAGCACACGCAGCAACACGACACGCAGUCUGGGCCGCGGGUCAAUCGUCGUCAUCGCAUCGAUCAACGGCAUGAUAUCAGCGGCUGGCAUGAUGCCAUACACAGCGUCCAAGCACGCGACCAUUGGGAUCGCCAAGACCGCCGCCGUGGACAACUUUGAGAACCAGAUCCGAGUAAACAUUGUCUGCCCAUCGUGGACUGAUACUCCAAUGAUGCAGAGGGGCAUUGAAUAUUUUCCUGCGCUAGGCCCAGCAUUACAGAAGCUGUGUCCACUCGGCAGGACCGCCAUGGUGGAAGAGGUGUCCGACGCGGUUGUCUUUCUGUCUAGCCCCGCUGCUUCGUUUAUUAAUGGAGAGUCCUUGGUAAUUGACGCGGGGUUCACUCUGACGGGAUUUCGGUUAGCUCACUAG